AUGGCAUCCAGCAUACUUCCUAAACUCGCCCCGCUAUCUCGAGGGUCUAGAUCUUUUUACAAAGAACUCAGAGGGGACCCUGACGGCGACCUGGAUAUUGAAGAAAGGGCAGGUCUGGAUGUAGACGAGGAGAAUCUGCAAGAGCAGUUCCAAGACUACGACCUGGACCACAUACCAGGCCUUACCGCAGAAGACAGUCGAGCAACUCUGGACAGUAAUGCCAACCUGCUCAAAACGCCUGCAGGAGCCACAACGGGGCCGGCUAGUCGCGGAAUUCCGCGACGGGGAAACCGACAAGAGCCAAGUCCACGAUGGCAGGGACAGGAUGAUGAUGGAGAUAAUGACGUUCCGGCUUCUCUACUAGUUGAACCACACGAAGCUGAGACGCGCUCCAAAGGAUCUACACGAAGGAAGCCAGCUACUUCAGCAAGGCAAAACGCAAUUCCAGGUCCCUCCAGUGGACGAACCCAUGCCCAAUGGGAGGCAACGCAAGCGCAGCAAAUGCUUUAUCCAGCAGAUACCAUCAGGCCAAUCAGGCCUCACCCAAAGCGACAUGCUGGAGGCCUCGCAUCUAAUAACGAGAAAGAAAAGGCUCUUUGGAGAUGGGUGAAUGUUUCGAACCUCGACUUCUUCGUUCAGGAUGUCUACUACUAUUACCGAGGUAGCGGUUUCUGGUGCAUCGCGUGCGCGCGGGCGUUGCACUUGGUGGAAUCUGCCUUCUUCGCCGUCUUUCUGACCUUUCUGACUCAGUGUGUUGAGUACACAAAAAUCCCAAACAACAACUCGUUGAAAGACGUAACAGUCCCUCAAUGCACCAGAAAAAUGUCUUUCAUGUGGAACACAGGCCUGUGGCUGUACGUCUUCUACUUUAUAUGGAAAACAGUACAGUUCACCAUGGAUCUCCGACGUCUGAAUCACAUGCGCAACUUCUAUAUACAUCUACUUGAGAUACCAGAGGAGGACAUGCAAACAGUUUCCUGGCAAGAUAUCGUUGCUCGUGUCAUGGCCUUACGGGACGCGAACCCCAAAACAGCCAUCAACGUGAGCCCAUCUGCGCGACAGUGGAUGCGCAACCAGUCUAAGGAGAGGCUGGAUGCCGCAGACAUUGCCAAUCGUCUCAUGCGGCGAGAGAAUUACUUGAUAGCAAUGAUGAACAAGGACAUUCUCGACCUGACACUCCCGAUACCUUUCUUGCGGCAACAUCAGUUCUUUUCCCGAAGUCUAGAAUGGAACUUGCAUUUCGCCAUUUUGACCUACAUCUUCGACUCCAACAACCAAGUUCAUCAAGAAUUCCUCAAAGCAGAUCGCCGAGGCCUUUUGAGCAUCAAGUUGAAGUCGAGGCUUGUCUUCGCCGGAAUCAUCAACUUGCUAAUUGGGCCUUUCGUGGUCGCAUAUCUCAUCGUGGUCCAUGCAUUCACAUAUUACAAUGAAUAUCAGAAAGACCCUUCAACGUUCAGCCAUAGAAGGUACACGCCUCUUGCUGAGUGGAAGUUCCGAGAGUUCAAUGAGGUCCCGCAUCUCUUCCAGGAGCGCAUCAACAUGUCUUAUCCGUUUGCGACUCGGUAUAUUGACCAGUUCCCGAAGAAAAUGACGGAGCAAUUUGCUAGGACAGUAACCUUCAUCGCAGGAGCCAUCACUUCGGUUCUCGCCGUCGCCUCGUUUCUUGAUCCACAGCUGUUCCUUGGUUUCGAGAUCACAUCGGAACGGUCCGCACUGUUCUAUAUUGGCUUAUUCGCCGCCAUAUGGGCGGCUGCCAGAGGCAUGAUAUCUGAAGAGACAACUGUGUUCGAUCCAGAUUACGCUCUGCGCAACGUCAUUGAGUACACGCGCUACAUGCCGGACCAUUGGAAGGACCGUCUUCACACAGCCGACGUAAAGCGAGAAUUUUCGGAGUUGUACAAGCUCAAAUUGGUGAUUCUGAUUGAGGAGAUCGUUGGUAUCCUCACGGCCUCGCUGGUGCUGAUCUACUCAGCACCGAAAUGCAGCGAUCAGAUAAUUGACUUCUUCCGAGAAUUCACGAUCCACGUGGAUGGAGUUGGCUACAUCUGUUCUUUUGCUGAGUUCGACUUCAAGAAGGGUGUGGGCAAGGCGAAGCAACAUUCCGGACCUGGCGAUGUUCGAGAAGACUAUUAUUCCACGAAGCAUAACAAGAUGGCGGCGUCUUAUUAUGGCUUCUUGGACAACUAUGUGAUAAACCCGAAGACGGGCAUUCCGGGUCAUUUACCGCCGGGCAGUCGACAUCCUUUCCACCCUCCACCAGUGUUUCCCGGGCUGAACUCGCCGACGCUGGCGGCCGAUAUGCAAAGCUCCAGAAUGGGUCGGCAUGACCUAUCGAGAAGUCGAGCCCCUAGUGGUGGAGUUGGACAGCAAACUCGAACGCCGAGGUUCGGACCCUCGAUGACGGCCCCGUCGCCGAUGGCAUCGAUGCUCCUCGACCCACACCACCAACCAGCCGCGACAGGGUUCGGCAUCCGAAGUACGCAUCGGAGCCGAGCGGGUCGUGGCGGAUACCAAGGGGAAGGCAUCAUUGAAGAGUCGACCGAAGAUGGCUUGGGUAUAGAUGGCCGACUGCAUUCUCAAGGACUAUUUGACGACGAGGUCUUUGAGGGCUCAGGGCCCUUGGGCGAGUCCGUAUGGGAAACGUCGCCGCCGAAAGGUUUGAGUCGAGAAAACAGCAUGGCUGACACGAGCGAGCAAGACGCCGGGGUGUUGGGGCUGAUUUACCAAUUCCAGCAGGCCCACCGCAACAACCCCCAAGGCGGAGGAACGCUCUAA